AGGCAAUCGUGAAAAUGUGCGGUUAUUUUUUUUAGGUGGUUCAACAAGUGACAACAAGAGAACGAUUAUCAUCAUGACAGAUUUGGACGCUAGCCAUGAUUCACAAGAGACAGAUUCCGAUGAACUAUUCUGUUUACCCGGUGAACGGCUUUGCCGUGUGGAGGACAACAUUAUCUUAGGUUUGGGUACAUACGAACAGAAUGGCUAUAUAUACGCCUGCAAGUCAGGAAUAGUUAGUAUUGAUGAUUCCGAUGAAAAUACCCAAAUUGUUAGCGUACACAAGCCAGGAUUUCAUUUGACCAUUCCGGUUACGGGAGAUAUAGUUACUGCACGUGUUCUAGUCACGACUCCAAAAUUUGCCAAAUGUGCUAUAUUCUGCGUUAGGAAUCAACUAUUGGAGAACAGCUAUCGUGGACUUUUGAGAAAGGAGGAUGUACGAGAAACCGAAAAGGAUCGUGUCGAUAUCUACAAAUCAUUUAAGCCCGGUGAUGUGAUUUUGGCUCGUGUCCUAAAUCAACUGGAACAAUCUAUUCUAUUAAGCACUGCAGAAACUGAGCUCGGCGUUGUAAUAGCCUAUGCCAGUGAUGUGCGCAAGAACCGAGUACCAAUGAUACCCGUCGGUUGGGCCGAAAUGCAGUGUCCCCAAACAACGAUUAAAGAACCUAGAAAGGUGGCUAAAGUCCUACCAGAGAGUACAAUUAAAAUUGAAAAAUGAUAUUUAA